CGAGGCGAAGUUCUGAACCGUCUGAAAAUCAUUGCAAUUAUCACGUUUUCUUUGCUGUCCUCCGGACUGUUGAAAAGAGCGUGAACUUGCCAAAUCAAAAAGGUGUUUCUCUCUUUUCCCGCUCUUCUCACCUGCCUUUUGAACUUCGUACUUCACCAACGAUAUAACCCCAAGCCCCAUACCUGAUCUCACAACUCAAUUACAGCUGUCCCUUAUUCUCUGCGGCACUCGACUCUCUUCGGACUUCUCCGCCUUUGUUUCCUCUUCUGUGAACACUUUUUGCGAUUUUUCUAAGGAGGUUGCUUGUUUGGAAGGUUUUAUCUUGAAUUGGAUCCAUGGAUGUAGUUGAGUCUUCUAAGGGUACUGGGAGCAGUGAAAUGGAACCUCAGAUGAGUCAAAACGCGACAGAGAAGAAUUCAGCAGAACAGGUGAUGGUCCAAAGAAGAGUUAGACCAAGGCUUAUGAGCAUUCCUAGAAGUAAGAAACCUUACUAUGGGAGUCCCUCAAAAAGGUCGAUAGGUCUUCCAAAAAAGACAGAUUCUGGUUCUCAUCCAAUCAAUGCAACUGGUACGAGUGAUGUGGAGACGAGUGAUCACAUAAUGGUGAAGAAGACAAUAAAGAUUUUUAAUAAACAUCGCCUUCAUUUUGUUCAGGAGGCCAAGUGUUCUUCCAAGCGGCCUGAUCUGAAGGCAAUGAAUAAGAUGUCAAAGAAUAAGAAAAGACUUGGUCAUCUACCGGGGGUUAGUGUUGGGCAGCAAUUCUUUUCACGAGCUGAAAUGGUUGUUGUAGGCUUGCAUGGUCGCUGGAUGAGUGGAAUUGAUUACAUGGGCAAAUCCUACAAGAAACAGGGGGAGUACAACAAUUAUACUUUUCCACUUGCUGUGGCAGUUGUUUUGUCUGGCAAUUAUGAAGAUAAUGAGGAUGAUAUGGAAGAAGUCGUGUAUUCUGGUGAAGGUGGGAAUGACAUCCUCGGUACUAAACAGCAAAUUCGGGAUCAAGUUAUGGAGCGUGGUAACCUGGCACUUAAGAAUAGCAUGGAGCAGCUUGUCCCUGUUAGAGUCAUCCGUGGCCAUAAAUUUCGUGAUACUUAUCCUCGCAAAGUUUACACAUAUGAUGGCCUCUACAUGAUUAAUGAAUACUGGGAAGAAAAAGGUAUUUCUGGAUUUAUUGUUUUUAAGUACAAAUUAGACCGAUUCGGAGGACAACCAAAGGCCAGCAGUAAGGUUUUAUUUUCUAAUAAAAAGAGUUCAUCAAGGGCUCCUUCUGCAAAGGAUGAGUUGGUCUGCAAGGACAUUGCUAAAGGUCAAGAAAAAUUAAGAAUUCCUGUUAUCAAUGAAGUUGACAAUCAUCGCGGUGCACUUGAGGGGUUUACAUAUUCCAAUUCUCUUAAAGUAGCUGACAACGUGAUCCUCCCUCCGAAUGCUGCUGGAUGCAAUUGCAAAGGGAAAUGCACAAACCCAAUGUCUUGUUCUUGUGCCGAGCGUAAUGGAUCUAGCUUUCCAUAUGUGCUUGAAAAUGGCAACAGAUUAUUAUUUGAACCAAAGGAUGUUGUAUUUGAAUGUGGACCAAACUGUGGGUGUGGACCUAAUUGCCUUAACCGCACAUCUCAACAGGGAAUAAAAUAUCAUCUUGAGGUUUUUCGUACGAAGGAGAAAGGAUGGGGAGUCAGAACCUUGGACUUUAUUCCUUCAGGUUCACCAGUAUGUGAAUACAUUGGAGAGCUUAAGAGGACCAAAGAUAUCAAUGAUGUUUUUGAUAAUGACUACAUAUUUGAAAUUGAUUGCUGGCAAACAAUGCAUGGAAUUGGGGGAAGAGAGAAGCGACUAAAAGAUGUACAAAUACCUGUACAUAACAAUGUGGACAACAUAGAUGACAUGCCUGAGUAUUGCAUAGAUGCACGUAAAACUGGUAGUGUUUCCAGAUUUGUCAAUCACAGUUGUGAGCCUAACCUCUUUGUUCAGUGUGUUUUGAGUUCUCACCAUGACCUCGAACUUGCCCAAGUGGUGCUAUUUGCAGCUGAAAAUAUAACUCCUUCCCAGGAACUCACAUAUGACUACGGUUACAUUCUUGAUGGUGUUGUGGGUCCUGAUGGUAAUAUAAAAGAGUUGGCAUGCCGGUGUGGUGCAGCAAGCUGUAGUAAGCGUUUAUACUAGUCAGGUAAAAUUCAGUUGUUCUCUUACAUCUCCUCAACUAGUAGCUCUUGGAGGAAAGAAAUAUUGCAACUUUUUGUUAAACAGGUAAGCAUGAAUUGUUGUGUUCCGUUCAAUCAUGACUUGACUCUUCUUUGUUUUGUUCUUAAGAAAAUGUUGUGGUGAAAUUGAAUUCUAGAUCAUUGCAAAUUUACAGUUCGAUGUAUCCUCUUUUGUUGAAAAUCAUGUAACACACAUGUAACUGAAAGAUAUUGUUAGAAGGAAAAAAGUGAUAUCCAAGAAUGAAUUGAUUUUGUUGCCAUCUA